AUGUCUAGAUGAUUUUCGCACAAGGUUAAAUGUAGAUAAAAUCUCACGCGAUACACGUAAUUUAUGUUAUACUGCCUUCUACUAAAUGUGAUUUUAUUGGACACUCAGGCCCGAUUAUACUUUAUGCGUGCGAAAUAUUAUAUUUAAGGUUUAUUUCGUGUCUCCGACUGGCUUAAUUACUCGCAGCUACGGUGACGUGAUCAACCCACAGGUAAUUUGAUCCACCUCUAAAGUCGCAUGCCGUAAAUUGAAAGUGAAAUUCAUAGCCGCCGCGUUUCGCGAAAGCUUUUAUCUCGGUCAACAAAUUACUCCUCCCUAGAAAAUCAUUUUUAAUGGAGUUUAUUUCCAGAAUCUGACGACACUUUCGGAUCUGCGUUCUUUUAAGUUGAUAUCCAUGUAUAUGUAUAUUGAUUAAAAUAAAUUUUCCUGUUUGCGCGACGGAAGAUUAUUAUAUUUUCAAACUGAUACGUAAUCUAUGGUAAAUAUCACGAAGUAACGUUCCACAUAUAUGGAACGAAGAUGACAAAAACAUUUGCUUCGAGAAAAAAGGUCAAUGCCGAAUCCGAAUGCAAACUCGUGGCUGACGUUGUACAAUAAUGUCACAGCAUAAUGAUUAAUGGAGCGAUGAGACCAAGAGAAACGACACGUAGAACGAUAUAUAAAUUGCAACGAUACAUAAAAUACGAAAGAACGAAUAGGAUCGAUUUCGAUUUGGCGAUUGCAAAAGGGUAAUUGUUAGGCCCGUUCAAGGGGAACGUUGCUCCUUUAGUUAUCGUUUCUGAACACGGGACUUCUCGUCUCGCUGAGUAAUUUCACGAUGUUGCUCGCCAAGGUUAAUCGACGUCGAUCUACAGCAAUACACGAUCUGUUUUGCCGUUUCGCGCCAGUUAUGGUCGCUCGCGUGUCUUCCUCCGUUUAUGUUCAACUCUCACAACCACUUUUACCUUCCGCUCCUUAAAGUCUACGCCGGUCGAAAUCACGCUUGAUCGUACGCAGUUAGUUGUGAUGUAUCGUACGUACGAAGGCUUGUACUCAACGUCUGACAAUUGGCCGUUCGUUCCUAAUGUGAAGCCAAACGUUCCUUUACCACCGCAAGGAUUUCAGGCGCGACCGCAAGGUCCCGCUCCGUCUCCUAGAAAUUCGAUAAAUAAUGGUCCCAUAGGCGCACCUCGACCGGGACCACCAUUACGGCGAUUGGACAGCCGUUCCUCUCUAGGUCCACCGCCGGCCUCGGGUCAGUUUGUGCAGCUUAGACCUUACGGUCCACCAAGACCACCGGGGGGCUCAUUCCCUCCAAGGUCGCCUCAACCCGGCCAGCCUCUGCCUCCGCAGAAUCCGCUACUACCCCCGAAUCAACGUUUCGUGUAUUCUCCGGGGAUUCGAGGUCCCCCGCCGCAAGGAGCGGGAGGUCAACGACCACCCUUCGUCGUUAACCAACAGGCGUAUCAGGCGCAGCAACAGCACCAGCAGCAGCAACAACAGCAGCGAGGUGGCAACGAUCCGCGAUUUCAGCGACCGGACGUAGCGUCUCCUCAAAACGAACUGCGACGACCCAGCCAAGAAUCCGUUUUCCCGCGACCGUUACUGAGAAAUGACUCGUUGGUGAGCCUACAGCGGCAGCAUCUUUUGUCGAACGAGGAGAUCAAGCAACCGACACGACCGCGCAUUGUUAUUGAGAAAAUGGCGGACAUCAAUGAGACCCCCGGCGCGGGUCUUGAUAAACCGGAGGGUUAUCUGCAGCGAAAGAAGUCCGAUGUUCGCGAGAACGGCGAGAAUGACGACGACGACGACGUCGUGGUGGAUAACAAUAAGUCGCCGCGACACAUUGGCGACGGAGCUCCCGAGGGACUGGUGAACGGCUCCAAGUCGCCUUCAACCCCGAGGAGAGUCGAUGACGCUAGUAGACCUACAAGCCGACCGGGGACGGCUACUAUCGAGGAUAAGAUCGAAAAAAUGGACGAUAAGCGAGACAUCCCCUCAAGACCAAUUUCUGCUAACAUCGAUGAUACGGCGACGCUCAUUUCUCAGAGCAGACUAUCCUCCGCAGUAAAUAAAGAGCAAAAAAAAGAGGAACAACCCAACAGCCCGUAUAAUACCGAGAACGUUGAACAGAGCUUGAAGACUCCUUCGAAAUCUUCGGACAAUUCGCGAUCAGCCACUCCAUCUCAUCUGGAUACACCUCAGAACGCGGAACAGGAUCGAAAUCCGGAUAAAUCGCGUUCCAACACUCCGGCCCGACUGGAGCCGCCUGGACACGCGGAACGAGAAUUGAAGUCUCCGGUCAAGACUCCGGAUAAGUCGCGUUCGGGUACCCCAGCCGGUCUGGAAUCCUCCGGAAAUGCGGAACAGGAAACGAGAACGCCGGAGUCGAAGACGCCGGAUAAAUCGCGCGCGAGUACCCCGGCUUCGCAGUUGGCGCCGUCCCCGAAUACGGAGAGAGAGCCGGGAACCGCGGCAAGAACGCCCAGCAAGUCACCUCGAGCUGGGACAGAAUCGAGCGACAACGAGAUCUCCGCUGAGCCGGAUAAACCCUCCGAGAAUCCGCAUCGCGACAAAUCCGAGGACACUCUGCGAGUGAAGAAAGAGUCCAGUAGGCCAGCGUCAUCGUUAAGCUUGACGAGCGAGAAAGGCGGCAAAUCACCGAAAUCCCCGAGGUCGCCCACGACACCGGGGCACAGAGACAAACCGUCAGAGUUGAUUUCACCGAGAUCGCCCGAGGGUGUAAAGGGUUACGAUAACGGACAGCAGAGAACGCUGUCUUCCAGUCAUAGUCCUCGAUUACCGAAAUCACCCGUCGACAGCGGGAAACAGACAGAGGACGGGAAGAAGAAAACGUCCUUCGUCGAGGACUCGGUUGAAAAAGCGAUGGGAAUGGCGAACAAGACAUCGACAGCGUUGUCGAAACCCACCUCUCUAACAACUAAAACUCCACGCACGAAAGCAGACAAGGAGAAGGCUGAGAAGAGAGCUGCGGAGAAAAAAGCGUUCCAAAACGGUAGAGGAAGGGAAUCGCAAGUUAGCGGGGCGGCGAGUACGAAUGGAGAUGCGGAAUCGCCAACUAAAAUGUCUAAGGACGCCGACAAAAGAUCGAACGCCGGAUCGCCUACGAAAUCCGCUAAAUCAUUACCGCGAACUCCCGACACACCUUCGUCGACCGCUCAAGAGAAAAAAAAGCUGCCGAUGAAUAAAGUUCAAGUCGGCGCUGCGCCCUCCCCGAACCUGAAGACUGUACGAUCGAAGAUCGGCUCCCUAGACAACGCGAGUUACAAGCCGGGCGGCGGUAAAGUGAAAAUUGAGAACAGGAAGCUCGACUUCGGCAGCAAAGCGCAACCGAAGAUCGCCGCGAAGAACGAGAAAUACGCGCCCAGCGGUGGCGACAAAAAGAUCUCCCAAGUGAAACUUCAAUGGAAUGCCAAGCCCAAAGUGGGCUCCUUGGAUAACGCAACUUACAAACCGGGCGGUGGUGACAAGAAGAUCGAAACGGUAAAACUCGACUUCAAAGACAAGGCGAAGCCAAAAGUCGGAUCCAAAGACAACGCGAAGCACGUUCCCGGUGGCGGCACUGUCAAGUCGGCAACUCCGCCAAAGACACCGCAGGAAACGAAGAACGACAUCCCGACGCAAAAAAUAGAUAUCAAGGCCGAGAGCAAAAUCGGUUCGUUGGACAACGUGAAGCACAAGCCGGGCGGUGGCGACAAAAAGAUUUUCAACGACAGGGAUUACCUUCGGCAGACGAGUUCCAACGUUGAGAGCUUGAACGGCAGCGGGUCCCAGAGCCCCGUGCCCUCCGGCGCGAUCACCGAUGGCAAGAACGGCCUGCCAGCCUCGGACGAGAACCUGAACCAGGAAUGCUAGGUCACGAAAAGUCGGCCGAUAGACCCGCUUUAAUUAUCUCAUUUGCAUGUGAUUAAUCACGUUUUAUCCAUCUAACCCCCCUUUGGAGGACGAAACGAGCGCUGUCCUCGCGCGAUCGAGAGAAACAUCGAGGCGUAUACGGCGCACGGAACUCCUCGAAAGAAAAAAGGAGGACCGCGAUCGAUAUUUCGCAUACGCAAGCGAUGAAAUUUGCGCGACGGGCCAAUUAAAUCGACGAGCGAGGCAAUAUAAUACGUUCGCGUAUUAUUAUCAUGUUGAUUUGUUAUUAAGUACAUACAAGGCGAGGUUUCCGGGCAUCCCGUGU